AUGCUUGCUUUCCUCGUUGCCAUUGUUGCGUUGUGGCUGCAAUCAGCCUGGGGCCAGAACUCGGCCUCGUGCCAGGCUGUAACCCAGCAUCUCAGUGACCCGCCUUAUCAAAACUACUUCUAUUCGGAUUGCAACAGUGACACCCAAGCCGUCGUGACCAGCCCAUUGCCCGAUUCCAAACUGUCAAUCAUUGGCCCGAGGUUAGUCAUUGCCUGGCCUGCAGGAAACAGUGGUAUCUGCACCUUUUUCCAACCACAGAAUGGGUUGAACGGCUCUCUGGCGAUUGAACUGGUCAACUCGACUCUGGGAAGUCCAUUGGCACCGGUCUACAGACCAACCCGAGGGUCUCAAUACGCCUUCGUGGGAGUUCAAGGAGUCCUAUCUUUCAACGCUUCCGCAACUCUGACCAUUCCGAUCCUGGGCAGCGUCAGGACCAUUCGUGAUUUCACAGAAGGCCCGAGUCUUCUCCGACCUAUCAUACAGGAGGCCAUCAACGUCACCAGGACCAAUGGGACGGGAGCGACGUUCUCUCGCCUUUGGCUCGACAAUGUUACUACCACGACCUUUACAUUGGUUCCGUAUCAGAGUAUGGAUUCUAACAUUACCAUUCAUCCGCAGAAUAAGACUAUCAGCUUCGGUUCAGGGUUCUACACGUUCUCCGCCAGCUUCAACUACCCGCAGCUGACCCAGUUACCACCCAGUCGUGUGCUGAACAGGGCUUCUGAAGACCUUAUUCAAGAGCAGCCGGACGAGACCACCUCACUUUCAUUUCUGUCAUACACUGAAAAGUUACUCGCAGGAGCAUGGCGAUUCCUCACAUAUUUUGGUCGGGACAGCAUGAUUAGUGCUCUACUUCUCGAGCCCAUUCUGAGCCAGGGGAACGGAUCCGCCACAGAAGCUGUGAUUGGGGCCGUGCUGGAGCCCAUCAACCGCACCGAUGGGUCUGUGUGCCAUGAAGAGACUAUUGGAGACUAUGCCACCUAUCUCAACCUACAGAACAACAUAACGAGCACCGCACCUGGCUUCACCUACCCUAUGAUUGACACCGACUACUACCUGCCAGUGUUGAUGGCACAGUACUUCAGCAGUAGCCCGGAUCGUGUGGGGCCUUUGUUGAGUCGGAGGGCUGGGUCGAUCGAUCCACAAAAUCGCAAUCUGACCUAUGCAAACCUCAGCCUCAUUAACGCUCAGAGAAUCAUGAAUAUCACGGCGCCAUUUGCUCUCAACCAGAGUUCCGCGAACUUGAUCCAUCUCAAACCAGAGGAUAUUGUUGGACAGUGGCGUGAUUCGACCUACGGCCUUGGAGGAGGUCGCAUCCCGUUCGAUGUCAACACUGCACUCGUCCCGGCCGCUCUGCGAGCGAUAGGCCAGUUGGCCCGUACUCCAGGAGUAUAUCCCCACAAUACGCGUGUGAAUACCACUUCUUGGGCAACAUCGGCCGAUUCGCGAGCACAGGUCUGGGAAGAAAGUACAUUGCUGUUCUUUGAGACCAACACCACGGCCUCGACAGCCCGUUCUCGGCUACAGCAUUUUGUUGAAACAGCAACAUUCUACGAUGGACCAACAAACGCCUCUUCCCUGCCCUCCUCCGGGAAUGUGACGACAUAUUCAAUCGCACUGCAAGGAUACAACAACUUAUCAUCAGUGGAUGUUCUGCACAGCGAUACAGGGUUCCGGCUGUUCUUCGUCAACGCCACAUCUAGGACCCUCGAGGCAUCGGCGCAAGAAACACGAUUCAUCAAUGCUACGGCUAACAGUAUGACACGUCCAUUCCCUGCCGGGCUAAUGACGCCACAGAGCAUGGUAGUGGCAAACCCGGCGCUGUCGGGUUCAGACGUGCUCAUCUCGAAUUUCACAAACGCGGCGUACCACGGCACCGUGAUCUGGUCAUUCCAACUCGCCAUGAUGGCCAAAGGUCUCGAGCGGCAACUGGCUCGCUGCAACAGCAGCAUGAACAGCGCAACUGCAAUUCCAGCGUGGUGUGGGAUCUCUUCAGUCCGCACCAACGUCCUCCGCGCGUACAAUGUCCUCUGGGACAGUAUCGAAGCCAGUUCUGUCCAGCUGCAGGGUGAAGUAUGGAGUUGGACAUACAGCAAUUCGACAGGAUUUGUGACGACGCCACUUGGUGCGCUGCCUCCGCCACCGGGCGUCAGUGCCGGUACAGAGAGCGACGUUCGGCAGCUUUGGAGUCUAACCUUCCUAGCUGUGCAAAGGAACAGGAUACUGAGAUAA